UAAAAAUAAGUGCUUCAAUUUGAAAAUAUUUGCUUAGAUACGCAAAUAAUUAUUAGUUUAAUUAAAAUAAUAGUCAAAUAAGCGUUAUUUAAUAAUAUGCAUUCGGCAACAAAUAUGAAUUUUGAGUUUUUCAACAGUGCGGAUAUAAAACUAGAAAAUGCUGACACUGUAUUUUAUUCCAAGUAUAUUACGUUUGAAGAAGAGUUAAAAGAAGAUAUAAAUUUGGAAGAAGAGAUAUUAUUGAGGGCUACUCCCAUCUCAUUUACAGCCUAUGACGACUUAAUGUUAUAUGAACCACGAAUGUGUUCAAAGUGUGAUAAAGUUUUUCCUAAUAGUUUUACAUUCCUGCAACAUAACAUAGACCAUAUUGAAGUACCUUUAACCAAAUUGAAUGUACACACUUGUAAGAAAUGUAACCGAACAUUUCAGUCUAAAAGACACCUUGACGAACACAGAUCAACCCAUAAAUUGACAACAUUAGAUGAGCUACAAACAUGUAAUAUAUGUAAUAAGACGUACACUCGAAAACGCUGGACCGCUCACAUCGACGAAGUCCACGGAAUGUUGAGACACGAAUGCCAACUUUGCAAGAAAGUUGUGAAAACUCUAAGAAUAUUAAAGAACCAUAUGAUGUUUGUUCACGAGAAAAAAUAUAAACCGUGGCGGUUCCGAACAAACGAUACAGGGGAGGAGUAUCGUUGUAAGAAAUGCCCAAAGAUAUUUAAACAUAAGUAUUCGUUACAAACGCACGUCAAGAAUUGUCAUUCAGAUGUUGAAUAUGAGUGUGGUAUAUGCAAAAAAAUGUUUACGAGUAAACCAUAUUUAAAUAUGCACUUGCAAAGGGUACAUUGUGAUGAUGGAAAGGAAUAUGCGUGUGAAAUAUGCGGGAAGUUGUUUAAAUCGACGCGUAGAGUCAGUAUACAUAAGAAGAACUCGCAUAAGAAUUUUAAAUCAUGAUUUUAUUGUAUUGUUUUAGGACAUUGUUUUAAACAUUUGUGGAAAUCAGUUAGGCUGAAUUAUUAUUAUAUAGGAUAAGAUUCAUGUAAUUUUGGCUAUGGUAUGGGUGUUAUUUCUUUAAAUAUAGUGCUGUAAGGAGCUUUUGGUACAAAUUCGGAUAUAAUGCCGUCAUCUUUUAACGGUGCAUUUACAUCAAAUGAGGGAAUGCUCAUUCUAACCCCAAUAUGACAAAUUCUUUUAGUGUAAACAGGCGUAGAGCAUUCUUUAGUUGUUCUUAGCGCGUUCGAAAAGAUUCUAAGCAAUGUUCUAGUUCUAUCUCUGUUCGUUUGAUGUAAAUGUACCGUAAAACGUAACUUGACAGAUCCAACGAUCAUUUCCUAGAAUCGGCUUCGUUUUUAAAUUCCACUAAACACAAAUUUUGUACAACGCCAACAUGUGCUGUUCUUAUAGUGUCAGCCAAGUGCCAAAAGAUCCUUGUAAAACUCUAUCUACAUAUAUUGUGAGCAAUAAGUGUUAUAUCAGUGAUUGUAAAACAAAAUACUUUAUAUUUAUAAAUUGUUGCAAUUUCUAAUAUUCUACAAUAGUUAUUGAGGUUUGUGAUAUUUGGUAAUCAGUGUGAGAAUGCCUUAAAAAGUUUAUAUAUAAGUUGUAUUAAAAAGAUCAUGCAUGCGUUUUCGCUUUAUAGAUAACAUUUUAAUACCUAGGUAUCAAUUUUUCAUGGUCAAUCUUGUGAUAAAAUAAUACAUAUAGUAGUAAUGGUGCAUUUACACAUUCGUGUUCGUUAUUCGCUUUGACGAUAUAUUCGACGAAACAUUCGUAUACGAGUGUUAACGCGAACCAUUGUUCACACAUUCGUCUUUUCUUUGAUUAUACAUAUCUGAUGGUCUUAUAGCGGCUGCACACGCUAUGGUACACCUAAAAGGUCUACAUGUAGUCCGCAGAGAGACCAUUAUGAGUGUUUGAAUAGACUGUGCAGUUUUUUGACGUGACAACGUCUUAUAACUCGAUAGAGCCGGCUGCACGCACGAAAAAACAUGACUCAUGC